AUGGCAAGAAGACGCAUCCUCCUUACAGGCGUCGAUAUUCUGACCGGCGCCUUCACCCUCAACCAAAUCCUGGCCUACUCCGUCUCUGUUCGGGCCGUGGCCUACUCCAUCUCUGUCCGAGACUUCUUGAGGCAGCAGUAUCCAGCGACCCGCUAUCCUUGGCUAGAGAUCGCCAUCGUACCUCGAAGCAGACUGUCCAUACCCGGUUCCUUCGACGAUGCACUUCGCGACCAUCCAGAGCCAUUCGAUACGAUCAUCCAUGUUGUAGCAGAUCAUUCCGACGAGGCCGACUGCCUCGCCCGCUUUGUCAAUCUCCAGACCGAGUGCCUGCUCAACGUCUUGAGAUCGAUAAACCGGAUGAACUCAAGGGUACACAGAGUUGUCAUCACCACCUCGCUUUCACCCUUUGCGAGGUGGCUGGUAUUGGACCCAAGCUCUUACAACCCGUACCAUGCCGCAUCGCCUCGAAGUUCGGAGGUUGACCCUGAGUACAUUCUUGCGACUAGCCAAGCAUGCGACAAUAUUGUGUACGCCGCGACCAGGAACUGGAUGCGAGAGGCUCAAGCUCGAUUCGAAUUGGUUUAUGUCGUCGCACCUAGUGUUUACGGACCGCAGAUGCGUGCUUUGGAAAAUUCCUCAGAUUUGCAAGAGGCAAAUCGACGUAUAUGGAACAUCUGUAGCAGCGACUCGAGUGAACGUGUGAGGUCGCCUCCUUACGGUAUCGACUACUACACUGAUGUCAGAGUGAGUACAAUUUGCCUUCAGGGGGUUCGAUGA